ACCAUAGUGAGGUCUCCCAUAGCGCUUGGCCUGAGAGAUGUAAUACCGGGGGUUUAAGCUAGGCUGAAAAAUUAUUCAUCGGUUCUAUUCCAGUUUCCAACCUGCACUGCGAAGUGCGAACAUACCGAUUUCCUGCAACAAAACCUCGAAUCUAUUUUCAGAAAGAAAGAAGGAAACCAGGAAAUCCGUAGGAAGUUAAAAAUAACGAUAGACAAAGGGAAAGUAAUUUACAUGGCGUACAGAGCUGUAAGUUACAGUAUAUCUCCAUUUAUUUACAUCCAACUUCAAUGGCGGAGGUUUAGAGGUCUUGAACAUCCUACUAGAUGGCGUGAACGAUUAGGCCAUCCUUCAAUUAAUCGUCCUCCUGGUCCUCUUCUCUGGUUUCACGCUGUCUCAUUAGGUGAAGGAUUAGCGGCAAUUCCAGUGAUUAGACGUUGUAUUCAACAAAAGCCUAAUCUUACAAUUUUGAUGACAACUACUACUACGUCUGCUUUUGAAGUCAUUAAGGAUAGGUUACCGAAUGAUGUCUUGUAUCAGUAUGCUCCCCUUGAUACUCCUUCUGCAAUGGAUGAUUUCCUUGAGUAUUGGAACCCCGUCGCAGUCAUGCUGAUGGAAAGUGAACUAUGGCCAAAUCUUGUUUUUGGUGCUACAAAAAAAGGAAUUACUAUGGCAUUGUUAAAUGCUCGGAUGUCUUCCAAAUCCUUCCACCGUUGGUCUAGACCAAUAGUGUUUCCGUUGAUUUCAUCGAUGCUGUCGAAGUUUUCUUUGAUUGCUCCACUGAGCAAUGUAGAGGCAAUCCGCUAUCAGCUGCUGCAGGCUCCACCUUUCAUUAUUAACUUUGCUGGUGACUUGAAAUAUGCUGUUGAUAAUGUUGAUAUUUCAAUGCAAGACAAUACAUGCUUAGAAGAUCUACAACAACUACGGCUUGACAAUAGGCCUGUUUGGAUGGCUUCAUCUAUACACAAGGGUGAAGAUGAAGUCGUGCUAGAGGUUCACAGAGCAUUAAUGCAAGUGUACCCUAAUGUGAUUACCAUUAUUGUUCCGCGCCAUCCUCAGCUAGGACAACAGAUGGCCCUAGCACUCCAGAAGGAUGGGUUUAAUGUUGUACUUAGGUCUUGUAAUGAAAAGAUUUUACCCAGCACAAAUUUCUACAUAGUGGACACAUUAGGUGAACUAAGAAGCUUGUAUAGGAUCAUUCCAGUAGCUGUAAUUGGAGGUUCUUUCUUGCCUGGUUUAGCUGGUCAUAACGUAUCCGAGGCAGCUGCAGCUGGGUGUGCUGUCUUGACUGGGUGUUAUGUUGGUCACUUCUCUCGUAUGAUCCUGGAAAUGCAACAAAUAAAUCCUUUAUCGGUUAUGCAGGUCUCUGGACAGACGGACCUGUUGAGAAACCUUGUUGAGCUAUUUAGUAACGCCGAUGCUUUAGAGACUCAUCGUAUGGCUGCAAAACAAGCAUUUCAUGCUCUUUCAAAUGGGGUUGUCUCAAAUGUCUGGAAUCUCAUUAACAUUCAUGUUAUAGAAAAGGCACUUCCUCCAGAAAUUAAGUAACCCACUAUCAUUAAAUAUUCAAGGAAAUUAACUAAUACUAGAUUCCGAGUUUGUGUACCUCCUCCUUCCCCCUAUUUUUUUUCAUAAGUUGUAAGGUUACAGUUACAUGGUGCUGCUAACCAAUGUAGCUUUUAAAAAUGUAAAAAAUUUAAAGUGAACUUGUUGCGUUCCAAUGUACAAUUAUCCUUUCACCAAAAGAACAAAGGAAAAAAAAAAAGAUAGCUGAGCUUUUUGUUUUA